UCUGAGGCGGGGCGUCGGCCUGCAGCCAGCCCGCCGCUAGCCCGCCCUCCCCCGGCCGGCUCCUCGGCGCCGUCUGGGGUCCUUUCCGCCCGGUGCCGCCAGCUAACCCCGCGCCCGUUCGGCCAGGCCUGGAGCCGAGCCCUCCGCCAUCAUGCCGGCCGUAUCCAAAGGCGAUGGCAUGCGUGGGCUUGCCGUGUUCAUCUCCGACAUCCGGAACUGCAAGAGCAAAGAGGCUGAGAUCAAGAGGAUCAACAAGGAACUGGCCAACAUCCGCUCCAAGUUCAAAGGGGACAAGGCCUUGGAUGGCUACAGUAAAAAGAAGUAUGUGUGUAAGCUGCUCUUCAUAUUCCUGCUCGGCCAUGACAUCGACUUUGGACACAUGGAGGCCGUGAACCUGCUGAGCUCUAACAAGUACACGGAGAAGCAGAUAGGGUACCUGUUCAUCUCAGUCCUGGUGAACUCGAACUCAGAGCUUAUCCGGCUCAUCAACAACGCGAUCAAGAAUGACCUGGCCAGCCGCAACCCCACCUUCAUGUGCCUGGCCUUGCACUGCAUCGCCAACGUGGGCAGCCGUGAGAUGGGCGAGGCCUUUGCCGCUGACAUUCCCCGUAUCCUGGUGGCUGGGGACAGCAUGGACAGUGUGAAGCAGAGUGCAGCCCUGUGCCUACUGCGACUCUACAAGGCCUCGCCCGACUUGGUGCCCAUGGGCGAGUGGACGGCUCGAGUAGUGCACUUGCUCAAUGAUCAGCACAUGGGAGUGGUCACAGCUGCUGUCAGCCUCAUUACCUGUCUCUGCAAGAAGAAUCCGGAUGACUUCAAGACCUGUAUCUCCCUGGCUGUGUCUCGCUUAAGCCGGAUUGUCUCCUCGGCGUCCACGGACCUCCAGGACUACACUUAUUACUUCGUUCCUGCACCCUGGCUCUCUGUGAAGUUACUGCGGCUGCUACAGUGUUACCCACCGCCAGAGGAUGCGGCCGUGAAAGGGAGGUUAGUGGAGUGUCUGGAGACUGUGCUCAACAAGGCCCAGGAGCCUCCCAAGUCCAAGAAGGUGCAGCACUCCAAUGCCAAGAACGCCAUCCUCUUUGAGACCAUUAGCCUCAUCAUCCACUAUGACAGUGAGCCCAACCUCCUGGUCCGCGCCUGCAACCAGCUGGGCCAGUUUCUGCAGCACCGGGAGACGAACCUGCGCUACCUGGCCCUGGAGAGCAUGUGCACGCUGGCCAGCUCUGAGUUCUCCCACGAGGCCGUCAAGACCCACAUCGAGACUGUUAUUAAUGCCCUCAAGACGGAGCGGGACGUCAGCGUGAGGCAGCGGGCAGCUGAUCUCCUGUAUGCCAUGUGUGACCGGAGCAAUGCCAAGCAGAUCGUAUCAGAGAUGCUGCGGUACCUGGAGACUGCUGACUACGCCAUCCGAGAGGAGAUCGUGCUGAAGGUAGCCAUCUUGGCUGAGAAGUAUGCAGUGGACUACAGCUGGUACGUGGACACCAUCCUCAACCUCAUCCGCAUCGCAGGCGACUAUGUGAGCGAGGAGGUGUGGUACCGAGUGCUGCAGAUUGUCACCAACCGUGACGAUGUCCAAGGUUAUGCUGCCAAGACAGUGUUUGAGGCCCUCCAGGCCCCAGCCUGUCAUGAGAACAUGGUGAAGGUCGGUGGCUACAUCCUUGGGGAGUUUGGGAACUUGAUUGCUGGGGACCCACGCUCCAGCCCACCGGUGCAGUUCUCGCUGCUGCACUCCAAGUUCCACCUGUGCAGCGUGGCCACCCGCGCUCUGCUGCUGUCCACCUACAUCAAGUUCAUCAACCUCUUCCCUGAGACCAAGGCCACCAUCCAAGGUGUUCUGCGUGCGGGCUCCCAGCUGCGCAAUGCCGACGUGGAGUUGCAGCAGCGGGCAGUGGAGUACCUCACCCUCAGCUCCGUAGCCAGCACCGAUGUUCUGGCUACAGUGCUAGAAGAAAUGCCGCCAUUCCCUGAGCGGGAGUCGUCCAUCUUGGCCAAGCUAAAGCGCAAGAAGGGCCCUGGGGCAGCCAGUGCCCUGGAUGACAGCCGCAGGGAUACCAGCAGCAGUGACAUCAAUGGGGGUGUGGAGCCCACCCCCAGUACUGUGUCAACCCCCUCACCCUCCGCGGACCUCUUAGGGCUGCGGGCAGCCCCUCCCCCUGCUGCACCCCCAGCUCCCGUAGGUGGGAACCUCCUGGUGGAUGUCUUCUCUGACGGCCCCACUGCACAGCCCAGUCUGGGGCCCACUCCUGAGGAGGCCUUCCUCAGCCCAGGUCCUGAGGACAUAGGUCCUCCCAUUCCAGAAGCGGAUGAACUGUUGAAUAAGUUCGUGUGUAAGAACAGCGGGGUCUUGUUUGAGAACCAGCUGCUGCAGAUUGGAGUCAAGUCUGAGUUCCGGCAGAACCUGGGCCGCAUGUAUCUCUUCUAUGGCAACAAGACUUCCGUGCAGUUCCAGAACUUCUUGCCCACCGUGGUCCACCCUGGGGACCUCCAGACUCAGCUGGCGGUGCAGACCAAGCGUGUGGCUGCACAAGUGGACGGUGGUGCACAGGUGCAGCAAGUACUCAACAUUGAGUGUCUGCGAGACUUCUUGACGCCACCGCUGCUGUCGGUGCGCUUCCGGUACGGUGGCACCACCCAGUCCCUCACUCUGAAGCUCCCAGUGACCAUCAACAAAUUCUUCCAGCCCACAGAGAUGGCGGCCCAAGACUUUUUCCAGCGCUGGAAGCAGCUGAGCCUCCCCCUGCAGGAGGCCCAGAAAAUCUUCAAAGCCAACCACCCCAUGGAUGCUGAAGUUACUAAGGCCAAGCUUCUGGGGUUCGGCUCUGCUCUUCUGGACAAUGUGGAUCCCAACCCUGAGAACUUUGUGGGUGCUGGAAUCAUCCAGACGAAAGCCCUGCAGGUGGGGUGUCUGCUUCGGCUGGAGCCCAAUGCCCAGGCCCAAAUGUACCGCCUCACCCUGCGCACCAGCAAAGAGCCUGUCUCCCGUCACCUGUGCGAGCUGCUGGCCCAGCAGUUCUGAGCCCUGGACUUGCCCUGGGAUGUGGCCAGUGCCGGGCAGCCCUGGGAUGAGGCAGCUGUGGUGGAGGGGGCAGCGAGGGGGCCUCCAGUGGCAACAGCAAAGACCCCGGGUGGGGGCAUGCCUGGGAGCUUCCUCUGGCCUUUUGUAUUUUAUUUUUGUUCAUCUGCUGCUGUUUACAUUCUAGGGGGGUCAAGGGAAGCACCCUCCUUCCCUUGUCCCCUGAAGCACAGAGGGGAGAGGGGCCGAGGAAGUAGGUACCUCCUCCCCUCCCCACUCCUUGUUCCCCUCCCCCCUUUCCCCAUCCAGGGGCCGUGUAUUAUUGUGAACGAAUAAACAGAGAGACGCUAACAUUA